AUCAUGUUAAAUAUCGUGGCAAGAAUAAAGGCCUAUUGGAGCAGGACCAACCCGGAGAAAUUGAAUUUGGAAAGUCCAUCUUGAAAAAUUACAUCAGUCCUGCAUAUAAACAAACAAUGGAUAAGAUUCGGCCAUUUUACAAAAUUUCGUGCGAUCGCUUUAACAGUGAGCGAUUGGUUGAAGAUCAGGACGACUAUGAAGUUAAUAAUGACAUUAUGGGUCGUCCAAGGAACAUCACAAUGAAUGAAGGCUUCAGCAAGCACGAAGGGUGCAUGGAAAAUGAGAACACCAUUGGAUAUAAUGUUAGGUGUGCUGAUAAUAAGAGAAAAACAUUAAAUAAAGCCGGAUCUUUUUUUAAGGUCGUAUGGAAGCCAGUCAAGAGAUCAGCACAGAAGUUAUGGAGAAACAUGAAAAAUAGAGAAACUGAGUACAUUCAGUUUGAUUAAUGAUCUCUUUCUCUACAUCAUUCAGUCAAGAAUCCAUCUACUUGAUUUAAUCCGAAUACGUCUCGAGUAAGAGUUUAAUCAGAAUAUUUUUGUAUUUUACACUUAACACUUACAAGAUUAUCUACUCUACACUUAUAAAUUUAACACCAUUUCAAUCCCUGAUAGAAAUGGUCUUUUG